CUAUCCAAGGAUGAGAGAAGUGGAAUCACUUCGCCUAACUGGUACUUGGCUCGGGCAAGCAGCACAUCACCCAUGGGCUCUCUGGAGAUUGCUGAUGUGAAGCCAUCUGUGAUGCUCACAGAAUCCCAGAUGAUCCUGAAAAAUGACCUGGAACUCAUCAAAGCUCAGCUCUAUGCCCAAACUAAAGCUUUCCAGGCACUCAGCCACUCCAUUACUUUGUUGGAACAGGAAAGCAACCAGCAACAGAAUAGGAUUAAGGAGCUAGAAGGAGAAGUACAGUUUGCUCGUCACUCAGCUCCUGAGGAGACAAUUGAUGGGCUAAUGCAGAGGAGGAUCCAGGAGGUUUGGAGAGCCAUGGCCAAAGAAGUGGAGGGACUCCAGGGUUCCAUGAUCCAGAAGGAAAGCUCAGUGGAGAAUCUGUCUCAAGAAGUCCUUGAAAGCAAGAAAUUCCUUUGGGAGGAGCUGGAAGCCGUGCAGGGUGAACUGCGGCGCAUCCAUCAGAAACUGAAGGACCAGGAAGUUGACAUCACAAGGAACCUGGUCAGUAUCAAGAAGAUGCAGGAGAAUCAAAUGAAAUGCACCAAGAUCCUGAGUCAACUGAGGGGCAAAAUCCCAGAAAAUACUUCAGAAGCAGUGGAUAAUAAGCCAAUGUCUGAAGAGCUGAAUGACAUCUGGUCAGCUGUCAACACCCUCCGUAACUCCUUCCCUGGAGGCAUCUGGAGUGACAAGAGAGGGUCUUCAAGAACAAAAGGCCGGGUGAGUCGUCAGCACCGGAAGGUUAAUGUGCCUGGUUCUGUUUCCGACUCAGCCAUGCAUCAGCAUCGCAGCUCUUCAGAGCACAGCUCAUAAAAUGAAGAGUUCUGCAAUAAGACUCAAAGAUCUGGACAGAAGCUGAGACUUUCUUCUGAACUGAAUUAUUGACUGUGCAGAGGAAAUUAAACCAAACUGCUUGUUCUGUGCAUCAUCAACAUGGGAAGGUGUCUUAUCACGUCUCAGCUGUCUUGAUCCAUCAGGCUUUGUAUUGUCAUUUGCAUGACCACUGUAAUCAGGGGCUUAGAUGAGAGUCUCUCCCAGUUAUACAUGGAAAUUCCUGGAAGUGAAUUUAGGAACUUCUUUAUGUGAAGCAUAUGUUCCAUCACAGAGCUGUGGACUUGUAUUUGGAGCCACUGGCAAGAGAAAAGCUGGGGUAUCCUAGUAACCCUUUACUGCCACUCUUACCAUUGAGGAGACUUCAGCUCUGCCUGUCACUCCCAACUACGUCUUGUCUCUUGGCUAGAUCUGAGGUGGGCAACUACAGCAGGUCCAAGGGUCACUUUUAUUCUUUGGGAUCUCCUAAUAGCUACAGAGACUGUAAAAAAAAUGUACUCCAAAAGAGUGGGGGGGGGGAGGAGAAUGAAGUGGACAAAUUUCUGUUUCUGGUUUUGAAAAGCGUGUUAUAUUUGAUUUAAGCAUUACACCCUAACAUGUUUAGAAAUUCCUUUUCUUGGAGGCUUCCAGGAAGAGUCAAUCCAUGCUUCUCUUUUAGCCUGAAAAAAGGGCAGUCUGGGUGGACUGGGAGCCACUAAAACUGCUUUGGAGGUGACAUGUACCUUUCCUUUGUUAUGAGAAUGGUGCGAACAUUAAAGCUGAAUGAUCUGGUGGCAAAGAAAGAACAGCGAAAAGAGUAGACCACUUGGUUAUUCAAGUAAUCUCUGCUGCGGGGCACCUUUGAGCACAAACAUAUCAGCACACCAAAACAAUUAUGUACAUCCUACAAUCUUAACAUUCUAAUAUUUAAAAUCUAUCUACCCAUCUAACAA